ACUUCCUUCCUCGGGAGAAAAAGCCGGCGGCAACAGAAUCCAUCGGAGGACCAACCGGAGAGAUCGGAGGUCGAUGGCGGCGCAAUGGCGGCCGGAGGAGAAGUUGCGGUGCACCAAAGAGCCCUUCGUCGACGACGCGAGCCCCCAGAGGAUAAAGAGCAUGCGGUUCUGCACCCUGUCGGGCAAGGAGAUACGGCAGUCCGCGGCGGCGCAGGUGUGGAACACCCGUAUCUACGACAGCAGCUUGAAACCCGUGCCCAACGGCUUGCUCGACCCGCGGAUGGGAGCCUCGGACAAGUGUGGGGAGUGCGCUACUUGCCAUGGCUCAUACACCGAGUGUCCAGGCCAUUUUGGUUACAUCAAACUCGCGCUCCCCGUUUUCAACGUUGGAUACUUCAACAAGAUUCUGGCUGUUCUCAAGUGUAUCUGCAAGGGCUGCAGCAGGGUUCUUCUUACGGAGAAUAUACACCAAGAGUUUCUGAAGAAGAUGAGAAAUCCUAGAGCUGACAGAAGCUCUAUCAUGAUUAAGGUGAGGGACAAAUGCAGGCCGUCCCGUUGCUCCUGGUGUGGAUACAUAAAUGGUAUAGUUAAGAAAGAGGGCAGGAGGGCACUGAAACAAACCGUGGUAAUUGUUCAUGAUUGUAGCAAAAAUUUGGAUGCAAGUACAGAAGAAGUCCGGUCCGUGUUGUCACACAAGAAAGAGAAACUAUCCAUUACUUCAGUUCACACGCUAGACCCUGUUACUGUUCUCUCUCUUUUCAGAAGAAUCACUGAUGAGGACUGUGAAUUGCUAGCCAUUGGUGAAAGGCCUGAGAACCUUAUCAUUACAGACAUUGCGGUGCCACCUGUGCCUAUCCGCCCUUCCCGUUUUGUUGCUGGUACUACAAUGAGCAAUGAAGAUAGUAUUACUUCCAUACUGAGGAAUAUCGUUAACGCAAAUUCCCACCUGAAGUUGACCAUUCAAGAUGGUCAAGUGCCCAUGAAGUGCUUUACCUGGUGGGAACAACUUCAAGAUAAUGUUAUUGAGUAUAUCAAUAGCGAUGCGUCCUCUCUUCAGGAUUCGAAAGAUUGUGGCCUUAUUCAACGACUCAAAGGGAAGACAGGUCGAUUUCGUGGGAACUUGUCUGGAAAACGUACUGAGCACACUGGAAGGACUGUCAUAUCUCCUGACCCCAAUUUGAGAAUAACAGAGGUGGCUAUUCCUGUUUUGAUGGCUCGAGUCUUGACUUAUCCUGAAAGAGUUACAUACUAUAACAUAGAGAAACUGCGUCAGUGUAUACGAAAUGGACCACACAAACAUCCAGGGGCAAAUUUCAUAAUACAACCUGACGAAACAAAGCUGCACUUAAAUUACUGUGAUAGAAGCCGUGCUGCUCGAGAUUUAAAGUAUGGCUGUAUAGUCGAAAGGCAUUUAGAAGAUGGAGACAUUGUCCUUUUCAAUAGACAACCAAGCUUACAUAGAAUGUCAAUUAUGUCACACAGGGCAAGGAUAAUGCCCUGGAGAACACUAAGAUUUAAUGAGUCUGUAUGCAACCCUUAUAAUGCUGAUUUUGAUGGAGAUGAGAUGAAUUUGCAUGUCCCACAGACAGAAGAAGCUCGCACUGAAGCAUUUUUGCUUAUGGGGGUUCAGAGUAAUUUAUGUACCCCUAAGAAUGGGGAAAUACUGGUUGCUUCCACGCAGGACUUUUUAACCUCUUCUUUUCUGGUCACAAGGAAAGACACCUUCUAUGACAGGUCUUACUUUACUCUCUUGUGUUCAUAUCUUGGUGAUGCAAUGGAAAAUAUUGAUCUCCCGACUCCAGCCAUAAUUAAGCCUGUCGAGCUUUGGACGGGUAAACAACUAUUCAGCGUGUUAGUACGUCCUAACGCGUGUACAAAGGUUUUUCUGAAUCUUACUGUUGAAGAAAAAGUUUAUAUAAAACAUAAAGAACGUGAUAAGAAAGCGAUUACAGUUUUGGAAGAGACAAUGUGUCCAAAUGAUGGUUUUGUCUACUUCCGAAACAGUGAGCUUCUGUCUGGGCAACUUGGGAAGAAAACUUUAGGUAAUGGGAAUAAAGAGGGCAUGUUCUCUGUUCUUUUAAGAGAUUAUAAUUCUCACGCUGCAGCAAGCUGUAUGAAUCGUUUGGCAAAGUUUAGUGCAAGAUUUAUAGGGAAUCAUGGUUUCUCAAUUGGUGUGGAUGAUGUCCAACCCGGACAAAGCCUAAAUAAAAAAAAGAAAGUAAUAAUAGAUGAAGGGUAUGAAGAAUGCAAUAAGCUUAUUGCCUUAUACUCCAAAGGUCACCUCAAACCACAACCUGGUUGCAGCAGAGCUCAAACACUAGAGUCUCAAAUAUCUUGUGUACUAAAUAAAUUAAGAGAAACAGCUGGAGAUGAUUGUAUGAGUACACUUCACUGGAGGAACAGCCCAUUGAUUAUGUCUCAGUGUGGAUCUAAAGGUUCUCCGAUCAAUAUCAGUCAGAUGGUUGUAUGUGUUGGCCAACAAUCAGUUGGAGGAUGUCGUGCCCCAAACGGUUUUAUAGAUCGAACACUUCCACAUUUUCCUAUUAAUUCAAAGACCCCUGCGGCAAAAGGUUUUGUUGCUAAUUCAUUCUAUACCGGUUUGACUGCUUCCGAGUUUUUCUUCCAUACAAUGGGUGGACGAGAAGGUCUUGUUGACACAGCGGUCAAAACAGCAGAUACUGGUUACCUGUCCCGUAGAUUAAUGAAGGGUCUGGAAGAUCUCUCAGUUUUCUAUGACCAGACAGUCCGUAAUGCUAGUGGUGGUAUAGUUCAAUUCGUCUAUGGAGAUGAUGGCAUGGAUCCUGUAAAGAUGGAAGGAAAAGGUGGCAGUCCCUUGAAUUUGGACCAGUUGUUUAUGAAAGUCAAGGCCACAUGUCCUCAAAGAGGACACGAUACACUAUCUCCAGAUGUAAUCUUGCAAAUGUUCAAUGAUACGCUCUUCAAACAAGAAACCUCAUCUGGUCGUUGUAGCGAUAAGCUCAAGGAAAUGUUAACAAAAUUUCUUGAGGAUCGUGUCAAAAUGCUGAGAAGCACAAGGAGAGCGCUUCAUAUAGAUGAAGAUCAUGUGGGAAGGAGGGACUCCAGCGUUGAAGAAUGCAUUGCUGCUGAUAUUUCUGGCAUAUCCGCGAAACAACUGCAGGUUUUUCUGGAUACUUGUUUUUCUCGUUAUCAUUCAAAAAUAAUUGAAGCAGGAGCAUCAGUUGGGCCAAUUGGGGCUCAUAGUAUUGGAGAGCCUGGGACCCAAAUGACAUUAAAAACCUUCCAUUUUGCAGGAGUAGCUAGCAUGAAUGUUACUCUUGGAGUUCCUCGUAUCAAGGAAAUCAUCAAUGCUGCUAAAAAAACAAGCACACCCAUUAUCACUACGGAACUCUUGUCAGGGCAGGAUAAGUCGUUUGCAGUAAAAGUGAAGUCUUCUAUUGAGAAAGUAGUGCUGGGUGAGGUGGCAGCAGCCAUAAAUAUUGUCUUCAAAGAAACCGAUUCAAAUUUGGUUGUUAAACUUGAUAUGGAGCGCAUAGAAGCUCAGGGGUACAUGGGAAUCUCGUCUGAUUCUGUGCGUCUGUCAAUAUUAAAUCAUCGAAGAAUCCGUCUAGAACUGAAGUUAACAUCUGAGCAUGUUUGUGUCGUUGAUCAAGCCAAGUUGAGAAUACAUGCAGCUGGAAAAGGUAAGUCCGGCCUUCUGCUUGAGCUGCACAAUCUCAAAUCGAUGCUUCCAAAAGUGAUUGUGAAGGGGAUUCCAACUGUCGAAAGAGCUGUUGUCAACCCUGUUUUUAGACAUGACAAAACUUUCGACAGAUACAACUUGUUGGUUGAAGGAACAAAUCUGCUAGCAGUUUUGGGCACCCCUGGAGUUGAUGCUAAGAAAACAAAAAGUAACCACAUCAUGGAAGUGAGCCAAACGCUUGGAAUCGAAGCUGCAAGGAGAUCCAUUAUCGAUGAAAUCCGGUACACGUUCGAAAAUAACAACAUGAUGAUUGAUCUAAGACAUAUGAUGCUUCUGGCAGAUGUGAUGACAUCCAAGGGCGAAGUUCUGCCCAUGACGGCACACGGCAUCGCGAAGAUGAAGACCAGCGUGCUGAUGCUGGCUUCGUUCGAGAGGACCAUGGAUCAUCUGUUCAACGCUUCAUACGCUGGCCGUGUGGACGAGAUAGAGGGAGUCAGUGAAUGCGUCAUCAUGGGGAUGCCCAUGAAGCCUGGCACUGGUAUCCUCAAAGUCAAGCAAAGGCUCCCGGAUUUGCCUGAAUUCCAGUACCAGCCUGAUCCACUUGUGCUAUCAUGAGGCUGAUCAUUUGAAAAGAAAAAGUUUGCUAAGGUAAAAAAGGAGGAGGACAAGAAGUAUAUCAGGAGGAUGUUAAUAUGCUCAUUUUGAGACUAAUUUAACUGUUCAUUUGACACAGCACCAUGUAUAAAAAUACGCCUUGACCAACAAACUCGAGAGAUCUUGCGAAACACACUCAAAUUUCACGAGGAAAAAACAUGAGUAAAUUUCACAAAACUA